CGUUUUCUUAGUCCAUUAGUCACAAGGGCGUACAUUUCCGGUGGAGACCAAUGGACGUUUGAGUCCGAAAAUUUGGGUUACCUACAUUAUCAAGGUCCAUCCACCAUGGCGAGUGGUGCAAGUAAAGUUGUUGUCUGUGACAAUGGAACAGGAUUUGUCAAGUGUGGAUAUGCUGGUCAAAACUUCCCAGAGCACAUAUUUCCAUCACUUGUUGGAAGACCAAUCAUUAGAUCCACAGCAAAGAUUGGCAACAUUGAAGUCAAGGAUCUGAUGAUAGGAGAUGAGGCUAGUGCCUUGCGGUCCAUGUUGGAGGUGAAUUACCCCAUGGAGAAUGGUGUUGUUCGAAACUGGGAUGAUAUGAUUCAUUUAUAUGACUAUACCUUUGGUAAGGAGAAACUGAAUCUGAGCACCAAGGAUUGUCGCAUCCUGUUGACAGAGCCACCAAUGAACCCAAUGAAGAAUAGAGAAAAAAUGAUAGAAACAAUGUUUGAGAGGUACCAGUUUCAGAGUGUGCAUAUAGCAAUCCAGGCUGUGUUGACACUGUACGCACAAGGUUUGUUGACGGGUGUGGUGGUGGACUCCGGAGAUGGUGUCACACACAUCUGCCCCGUGUACGAGGGCUUUGCACUUCCACAUCUCACCCGGCGCCUGGACAUCGCCGGCCGAGACAUUACCAAAUAUCUCAUCAAGCUGCUGCUGCUGCGAGGGUAUGCCUUCAACCAUUCCGCUGACUUCGAAACAGUACGAAUGAUGAAAGAACAGCUAUGCUAUGUUGCCUAUGAUAUAGAACAAGAACAAAAACUUGCCUUAGAAACAACAGUCCUAGUAGAACCCUACGAGCUGCCUGAUGGUCGAAUUAUUAAGGUGGGUGGCGAGAGGUUUGGAGCUGCUGAAGCUUUGUUCCAGCCCCACUUGAUCAACGUGGAGAACGUAGGCGUAGCUGAGUUACUCUUCAACACCAUCAACGCUGCAGACAUUGACACUCGCCCAGAGUUCUACAAACAUAUCGUCCUCUCAGGGGGCUCCACCAUGUACCCAGGUCUUCCAAGUCCCGAGAGAGAAAUCAAACAACUCUACUUGGAGAGAGUUCUUAAAGGAGAUGUAGACAAAUUAUCUAAAUUCAAGAUCAGGAUAGAAGAUCCACCCCGGAGGAAGCACAUGGUAUUUUUGGGAGGCUCAGUUCUGGCUGACAUCAUGCGGGAUAAGAAUGACUUCUGGUUAUCUAGGCAGGAAUACGAAGAACAGGGACUCAAGGUGCUCGAUAAACUUCUCAAGCCAACGAAGAGUUAGCUCCCUUUGACCACAUCACUAACUGUAGACCAACUUGUAUUUUUCUCAACUGUCAGCCUUGAGACACUUCAGUGUACAUUGAUUAAGGUCUCAUGUCAAUCUUAUUAACUGCAUUUUCCAUUAGGCUUGGGCGUUGUAUUCAAACUGAAGUAAGAAAACACGACCGAAAUUUAAGAAAAAUAAUCCAGUCCCAUUUGCUAUUGAAGCUUUCAGCUUUUUCAUGCAGCAUGUUGAUUAUUUUAAUUAGAGUCAGUUUCUUGUUUUGACAGCUUAAUGAACAAUCCAAUAAUGUUACUGUAUCAAUGAGGUUUGGAUGGAUUUGACACCAAUGAACAAAGGCUAGUGAUAUCAAUGGUGUCUAAAACAAGAAUUUGCUAUGAUUUAUAUGCUAUAAUUCUCUGCUUAAGUGAUCGAUAUGAUUCAGUUGCUUGGUGCACAAACUAACAAGUUUUGUAUAAUCAAUACAAAAGUGCUGUAUGUGUUUGUCCAUAAGAAUAUAUUUUUAUGACCUAAAGUGUAUAGACUUCAUUUAUCAUUUAGUUAAUGUUGAACGUAUUUUGUCUGUACAGUAUGCAUGAGGUAUGUUAUUUUGUUAUGGAAGUUGUUCAGUCUUCAAUCCUGUUCGUUUUUGCCUGAAAUAAAUGAUUAUGCUGCGCGGGCGCAAAGUCAAAAUGUCACUCAAAUUAUCGACUACUUUGGCCAAUUAAAUGAAUUGUGACUUUCCAACAUUUCAUUUUUGCGUCCUUAAUCAUGGUAUUGAUGAAUAUUACAGAGACACUGCCUUAGUGUUUAUGGAAUUCACUGCCAUCAUUGAAUUAAGAUUGAGCUAAUUCUCUAAGUGUCUUGAAAUAAAGGACUUUCAUAGCAAAUAUGUAUUUUUCUGUUUUGAAGAAGGGAAAAAUCCAAGAAUUAUGUGGUUCAAGAUACUACUAGACUCACUUGGUAUGAAUGUAACUGUUUGUUUGCCGAGUUGCAUCUUUCGGGUGCACCAGGAUCCUGUGAUUGUGGGUUUGAAUCCCAGAUUGAGUCUGAUUGUUCAUGGUUUGUCAGCACCAAACGUGUGGGUUUCUUCAGGUGGAAAACAUUUCAGUGAAUGACAUCCAACUCUCCUUCUACAUCAACCUGAUUGUCAUGAUAUUCUGAAAUACGGUUCAAAUGUCAUUGAAUAAAAUCACUCACCCAUUCCAUACAUGGCCAGUGGGGGUAGCUCUGUGGUCUGCAUGUUUGCUUUGUUUGCAGAAAACCUGGGUUCAGAUGACCAUGUUAAUACAGUGGGAAAGAACUUCAUUGUGUCCAACUGCCUAUAUUUUGAGUCGAUCAUGUGUUGAGUUGUGUGUGUGCUGUCAUAUAGUGAUAUAAACAAAGCCUGUAACACCAACAUGUAAAGUGAGAGUUUCUGAAAUGUAUAGAAAAUUGAAGAAACUUUAAAGUGUUUCGAUUGUCUCUUCUUUGGUCCAAGUGAUGGUUAAAUCUAGCAAAUAUAAGUUCAUUGUGCUACAACCUUACUAUCGAUGUAAGUGUAUCAUGUAUGUCAUAUCGAGGGCUUAGCGAUUGACCAAGUAAAUUGCCCAGUGUCUUAGGCCAUGAUAGAAAUUUUGUAAGGAAUAUAUGGUAGACAAAUCAUUAUUUAAGUAAAACUCAAAGGUCUCAAGCCAUCAGUAUAUGUUUAAAGGUUACAUUUGGUUGGGUCUGCACUUUGUACCAAUGUUUAGUUUUGAAAUGACAUCACAUUGUGGACUUAUAUCAAGAUAUAUGUCAUGUGAACUUAAUAUGAAGAUUUGAUAUCACAAGGCAACAGAGUGUUUUCCUUGCAGUCCUGAACACACCCAGUGUAUUUUAUCUCCAUUCUAUUAGAUAAAUACCAAGGACCGGUUUGUCUCAAGAUAUUUGCCCGAGUAUGAAAGCCUUAGGACGUGUCCUCGUUUGUACAAGCAACUACUACACUAAACGUAAGUCGAGUUGAGGCCUGGCACUGCACAUUUCUCUAUCAAAAGAAAAUUAAUGGAAUGGAGGUACGUUACUCUGGGCAAUGAAGGAUUCAAACACUUCAUCUCAACUGUGGCUUAACCUACUUGCUCAUCCUACAUGAGGGAAUUGCUAUGUAGAAAGUCUCAGUCAUGCUUUGCUCCAGUAUUUGACAAUUCAGAAGCAGUUUACCCUGAUAUUGAUGAAAGUACUACAACAAGGAACCUGUGGUGUUGAAUGUGUUGACAUGUUUCCUUGAUGAUUCCUUCAGAUUGUACAUAGAACUGAUCCUGUAGUUGAUUCAGGGAUCAAUUUUAUAUACUUUGUACUACAUGCCAAUAUGUAGUAUUCUGUCACAUAUGUACCAUACAUUGAAUAUGCAAUAAAACAUUUAAUCUUUC